GGUCUCGAAGGCAGCUCCCUGAUCGGUACGGCGCGAAGAUCGUUAUCGCGGGAAGUGGAUGAGUCUCGGACUGUCAGAUCUUGUUGCGAUCUAGUCAACGAAGAAGAGGAGAAGGAGCAGGAGGAGGAGGAGGAGGAGAUAGCACAGCAAAUAAGAGAGAAGGAGAAACAGCGGCAAGUCUCGAAGACGCCACCGAGUUCUAUCGUCAGACCCGCUUUAUCCUCCGAUCGACUUGGAGAAUUCCUCGCGAGGACCAAAUCGCUGCUAAUUCGCCCGGCACGCUUCCCUAAGCUCGCGAGAUGUGGCGGCUGUCGAUAGUGAUCGGUAUGGUUGCGAUCGCGAGGGCUGGACCGUACGACAGGAUGAUGGUCUCAAUGAACGAUAGAACAUUAUUCAUCAGAAGCCUACCCGGUUAUCCUGGGACCAGAAGCGAUCUUUACGAGGUCUACAUGGAACCGUAUUAUUUCGCAAUCGGUCUGAAGGCCGUGGUGGAGCUGAAAGCUCUCGGUGAGGAUGGUACGCCACUAAAUGGACCCCGAGGGAUCCUAACGUUAGAACAGCAUCCCGAAGGGGUGAAGGUCACGGGCACGAUCACGGGAUUAAACCCGGGCUUGCACGGAUUCCACGUGCACGAAAAAGGGGAUCUGACGAAGGGCUGCAAUUCCGCUGGCCCGCAUUUCAAUCCGUACAUGGUGAAUCACGGAGCACCGAGCGAUCCGUUGCGUCACGUCGGCGAUCUCGGUAAUAUCGAGGUCGGGCAGGACGGAGUGGCGCGUAUCAAUGGCAUAGAUCACUACUUGAGCCUAGUGGGUGUUCGUGGGGCGAUCGGUAGGGCUUUGGUGAUCCACGAGAAACCCGACGAUCUCGGUCGCGGCGGUACCGAGGAGAGUCUCAAGACCGGGUCAGCGGGUGCCCGUGUUGCUUGCGGUGUCAUCGGAUUUUUGUAAAGGAACUUUUUUAAACAAUGCAUAAUCGAAUUUGAUUAUUGCAUGCAUUGUUCACUAAAGGCUGUCGUACUUAAAAUUUACGUAAAAUGAUACUGCGUAGUACGCGGCAUCUUCGGUAAUAAUAAUAAUGUACUUGUAUAGUGAACGAGACGAUAUAUUUCUUGUUGAAAAUUAAAAUCUCUUUUCUGCUCUCCAAAAUUUAGCUAUAUCUUUUUCAUUGUUCUAUAAAUGUAUAAACAUUUUGUGAAACUCUCUUUCUAUAUUUCAGAUAUCGAAAACCUUUUAAAAUAAACUAUUAUAUGUAUAUUUUAUUUUUUGAUAUUUCUUCUUGUUAGCUAAAUUUGUGUAUAAAUUUGUAAAUCAUACUAGUGCGCAUUUUAAUACAUUCAGUUCACUAAAAGAAAUAUCGCCUACUGCCAUUUCACUAUUAAUUUAAUUGCGUCCAUUUGUACUGAUCAAUAAAUUACAAAUAUAACCGAGAGUGUGUAUC